GAUGCCAAGUUGCUGCUGGUCAGGGGACACCAUGAUCCUGCUACAUCCUAAAGCUCAAGCUACGGAGCUUAAUCAGCUACUCUACUUCUUUUCCGAGGCUUAAAAAUUGCUUGAUCCCGGAACCAAAAGGCGGCGCCUUUGAUCGCUUUACAACCGCGCACGCCGCACGACGAGACGACGGAGCAGAGCGCGGAGGAGCGGCGAUGAUGCAGUUCUUCUCGGGCCGGAGCAAGCUGCGGCACAAGAAUGGCGGCGGCAAGAACCAGGCCGGCGCCUCCACGGCGCCCAAGGCGAAGCACAAGGACGGCAGGUGCCGCGCGCUGUGCUGCGGCGCGUCGCGGCUCAGCGUGUCCUCGUCGACGUCCUGCUCGUCCAUGGACGCGCCGGAGACGACGCGCGGCCGCAUGUCCGACAUCGCCCACGGGAUGGUCCAGGCCAGGCUGCAGUCCAUGACCGACGCCGCCUCCUCCGAGGGUCGGUAUUCGGCGACGCGCCGCGGGACGGAGCUCGCCGACCAGCGCCGUCGCUGGCCGUGCGUCUGCUCCUGCGCCAGCGGCGGCGGCUGCUACGAGAAGAGCGCGCCCAAGCCGCGGGAGAGGAAGCCGUGCGUGGUGCUGGUGGCCGUGGACAGGCGGACCUACGAGCCACGGGAGGAGUUCCGCCGGUCCAUCGCGGAGGUGAUCGCGGCGAAGCGGAUGGCCGAGCCGGCGGAGCUGCGGGCGCUGCUCAACUGCUACGUGUCCGUGAACGCGCGCGAGCACCGCGCCGCCAUCCUCGACGCCUUCCACGAGGUGUGCACCGGCCUGUUCGCUUGCAAGGGCUGAAGACGCGUGCUGCCGGCGUCCAUGCAUCUGUCGUGCUCUCGCAGCCUCGCAACUUACGGGGAAGUGUGAUUGUGUUAGCGUGAUAAGUUAAUUUUUGUUCCAACGGUGUUGCUCAGGACCGCUGCAAUAAUGAUGUGCUCAAGCCUCACGCAUAUAGUGUGCCUAUCUUGGGCAGUUUACCUCGUGUAUAUAUUUCGCUGCUUCUUAUGUUGAUGACUGAACCUGUAUCCAAGGCGAACGUCUCUUCCAUAGGUGAAAGCUGGCAGUCAUUGCUCUUUUCUGUUUUGGUAACUUUAUGGAUCUGCUGUAUUUUCGUUCGAUGUAGUAGAAAGGGGUGUUAUGCUUAGCUAAAAAAAAUGACUGA